GGAGAGCAGAGAAUCCCAAAAAUGACAUCCACAGAACAGAGACCACGGAGGGAGUGAUCUUAGAGGCGAGAAAGAACGCAAACCCGCAGCAAUCUGUCGGUUUCUAAGACAAGCCUACAUUGAAGCUCAACGCGACAAUCAAUUCUAUAGAUUAUUUCUUCCAAAUUCGCUCCACUGUGGACUACUACUACCGACAUGUAGUUGGAUUUUAAGAAAACCAAGGAGACAGUGACAGAGUGGUAACAGAAAACUAAAACAUCGGCAGCAGAAUACGUUUCCUGUGUUGCACAGUGCAGGACAGCGGGGAAACUGUAGUUUGAAGCCGUACCUCUCUCGUUUUUCAUCAAUAUCUACGGUGCAUCAAAUCUGGCAACAUGUGUGACCUGAUGCCCGCUUCGCAGCCUGUCGAGAAGAUCGGCAAAAUGAAGAAGUUGAGAAGAACUUUGUCAGAGAGUUUUAGCCGUAUAGCUUUCAAGAAGGAAGACAGUGGUUUUGAUGAGAUAUGUGUCACGAAGAUGUCCACGCGCGGCUGCCAGGGAAGCGACUCCGUCAUCAAGCCCCUGGCCACCAUCCCUGAGGACAGGAAGGUCCAGCGCACGCAGAGCGGCUUCGACACGUUCGACAAGCCGGCCAACCAGGUGAAGAGGGUCCACUCGGAGAACAACACCUGCAUCAGCUCCAAGAGCUCCUCCAGCGGGAAGGAGUCGCCCAAACUACGCCGGCACUCCAGCCCCAGCUCUCCCACAAGCCCCAAGUUUGGCAAGGCAGACUCCUAUGAGAAACUAGAGAAGCUGGGAGAAGGAUCGUACGCCACUGUUUACAAAGGGAAAAGCAAGGUGAACGGGAAGCUGGUGGCGCUGAAGGUGAUUCGCCUGCAGGAGGAAGAGGGCACGCCCUUUACAGCCAUCAGGGAAGCGUCUCUUCUGAAAGGCCUGAAGCACUCGAACAUCGUCCUGCUGCAUGACAUCAUCCACACCAAGGAAACCCUGACGCUGGUCUUUGAGUAUGUGCAUACUGACCUGUGCCAGUACAUGGACAAGCACCCUGGAGGGCUCCACCCAGACAACGUGAAGUUUGAGGAGAACAUGAGAGAGGACUCCCUCACAUCAAACAGCAGACACAUCAGCUGA